AUUUUCUCAUAAAGACCCUCCCCUUUUGAUAAGAUAUAAAAUGGACACUGAAACAGAUGCAUUAUUUCAUUCACCUCCUGAUCAAAGAUGGAUCUGCAAAUCUCAGUUUUUCUUCUCUUCGUUGUUUUCACUGCAGGACACUCUCUAAGAUGUUAUGAGUGUAUGGGUCUGACGGGUUCUUGUGCAGAUCAGACGUUAAAAACAUGUCCUAGUGGAUUUUCUCAGUGCAUGAGUACAACAGCUGUGAAACAAGAUGGUGGCAGUACUUCUAAAGGGACAAUUAAAAAUUGUGCUCCUGCCUGUCAAAGUGUGUCCAUGAAUUUUGGCAUUUCAAAGACGACUACUUCCUGCUGUAGCUCAGACUUGUGUAACGCCCAAGAUCCUCCAGAGCCUGUCCCGAAUGGAAAGAAAUGUUACUAUUGUGAUGGGAAGAGCUGCUCAAACACAGUGAGCUGUUUAGGGACUGAAGACCACUGCAUUAAAGCAACAGUGGCUUAUGGUGGCCAGUCAGCUGUUGUUAAAGGCUGUGCCUCUAAAUCAGUUUGUGAUGCCACAGCAUCAGUAAGUGGUUUUGCGAGCUUCUUAUGUUGUGAGGGGAACCUGUGUAACGGUGCUCAGAGUGUCUCCCAGAGCUUCCUGUUCCUCUGCUGUUCUCUGCUCUCCUACUUCCUGCUGCACUGAAUCCAGCAGCUCUUCAUCCUACGAUCAGACACACUGUACUGAAUAUAGAGCUUGUAUUUUCUCUGUACGAUCUGAAAUUCUGAUGUGACAAUUUAUGAAAUAAAAAUACAAAAUAUUAAAAAACA